UAACAACAUACCUGGCUGUUGGUAACUUUAGUGACACCUGAGGCUCGGGGCAGGAGCAGGAGACGAGAAGCGACUUGAGAAUGUCGUGUAAUGAAGAGGGCUAUGUGGUUCGGAUCAGAGGACUACCGUGGUCGUGCACGCAGGAGGAGGUUGCCUGCUUCUUCUCUGACUGUGACAUCGUUGGCCAAGUAAACGGAGUGUGCUUUACCUACUCUAAAGAAGGCCGUCCCAGUGGCGAGGCAUUUAUUGAACUGACAAUGCCAGAGGAUUUCAAGAAUGCCCUCGCCAAGGACCGUAAAUACAUGGGACACCGUUACAUAGAGGUGUUCAAGUCGAAUCGUAGUGAAAUGGACUGGGUGCUAAAACGUAGCGGCCCUGCUGACUACGACAGCUGCACCGGCUGCAUGCUGCGACUUCGAGGCCUUCCGUUUGGCUGCAGCAAGGAGGAGAUUGUUCAGUUCUUCUCAGGGUUGAGAAUCGUGCCAAAUGGGAUUACUCUGCCAGUGGACUACCAGGGGAGGAGCACAGGGGAAGCCUUCGUGCAGUUUGCCUCAAAGGAGAUAGCAGAAAAGGCUCUGGGGAAACACAAGGAAAGAAUAGGGCACAGGUAUAUAGAGAUUUUUAAGAGCAAUCGCAAUGAGAUCCGAGCGUACUACGAGCUUCCCCGGCGGGGUAUGGGAGGUCAGAGACCGGGGCCCUAUGAUAGACCCAUGAUGGGGGGACCCAGGGGAGGUUUUUAUGGGCCCGGGUCUGGCCGCGGCGGGGCUCUGAUGGACACCAUGAGGAGUGGAGGGGGCUAUGGAGGAGGUUACAGUGACUUUCACAGCUACAAUGGUUUCAACAACUACUGUUUUGGCAACGGCAUGUUUGAUGAGCGCCUGAGAGGAGAGAGGGGAGGAAGAGGUAAAGUCAUCCCAAGUCUUCUCUCAUCUAGCUUACUGAAGGUUACGCUGGUAAUCUAUGGAUGUGUUUGUGGCUCAGGGAUGGGGGGCCACGGUUACAGUGGUCCAGGUGAUGUUUACUCGGGCUUCCACUGCGGCCAUUUUGUCCACAUGAGAGGUUUACCUUUCCGUGCCAUAGAGGGAGACAUUGCCAAAUUCUUCUCUCCUUUGAAUCCACUGAGGGUCCACAUCGACGUGGCUCCUAACGGCAAGUCGACGGGAGAAGCAGACGUGGAGUUCCGCUCCCAUGAAGAUGCUGUCGUAGCCAUGUCCAAAGACAAGAACCACAUGCAACAUCGGUAUAUUGAGCUAUUUCUUAACUCAACAGCCAGCGUAGCAGUUGAAAUGAGUCGUGGAGGAGGAGGUGCAGGAGGUGGUGGAGGAGGUGGUGGAGGAGGUGGUGGCGGCUACCACUACGGUAACCUGGGAGGGAGCAGAGGCUCACGGAGCAGUGGGCUGCGAUGUUCUUACUGAUGUCCCACUUUUCCAAUCCAUCUUCAUGAUCGUCUCACCUCUGUUCAGGACACAUUUACUCGAUUGCUUUUUUCUGGUCAAAGAAGCGGAUCCAAAGUCAGUCAUUUGUUUUGUAACGUUUGUUUUUUUGUGGUGUCAUAAUGGAAUAAAUUCAGAGAUCAGACUAGGUAUGACCUUAACAAGCACUAUUAUUACACCAUUCCUUAAAGCAUAUGAAGAACAAAAUAACUGAUUUAGGUGGUGAAUAUGUUUAACGCUUAAUAUGAGAUUUUUGAUUAUAUUGUGAAACUUAUUUAAUAUUAUAAAUUAUAUUACAGUACGUAAUAUUGUUUCUCGUGAUUCACUCUCAAAAAUGUAAUAUCUCCAGUGAUUUUAUCAAGAGAAAUCAGCAUUUUGAAAUGGUUUGUUUACGAUCCCGAGGGAACACACACAUUUGUCUCUCUUCACAUAUCGCUGUUGGCAGGAUAUGUUUUCAGUGCAGAUGAGACGCGUCCAUCGUUUCACGGCUCUGAGAUUUGGUGCAAGAGAAGAAAAUAAACAACUUUUAUGGCCCUGACGAGAUUGAUCAGUCAUUUAGAAUCUAAUCAGUUGAUUUUAACUCGGCUUGGACUCUGGGUGUUAAGUUGAAAGAUGGAGCAGUGAGAAGCGGCGACAAAAGAUCACAAGUUUCUUUAGGUUAGAUAUUCUGAUUUAAAUGUAUUUUUAGUAGAACAUUUGAACAUCCUGCAUAUCAGAUCCGCUUUCUUGGUUUGAAAAGUUUGAUAAUAAGAGCCAAUUAGUUUUUUAAUGAAUGUUUUCACAUCAGAAUUUAAAACCAAGUUUAUUAUAUCCUACUUUUAAAGAGUGGUAAGCCAAUGAAGUCUAUAUUUGAGCUGCACGAUGGCUUGUGCAGCUGUUGUACAUUUUGAAAAUAAAUUUUAUAUUUAAUUA